UAAUAUCAGCAUAUCAAAUAUCCGUUCCAAAUUCUCAGGAUCUAGAAUCAAUCGUUCUCCCUGCUCUGAAAUCUUUAAAUACCCCUAGUAUUUUGUGAGUAGCGAGUUCAUCUUUCUGGGUUCUAAGUGGAAAACUUUAGAAUCAGAUAAUUGAAGUCAUGGGAUUGAAAAGGAAGAAGCAACAUGAGGGAAGCAGCAACAUGGUUAGGGGAGAAGAUAGGAUCAGCCGAUUACCUGAUCCCCUCCUUCACCACAUCCUAUCAUCCUUCCAUUCAAGAACAUCGUACGUACCUGUGUUUUAGCUAAACGUUGGAGGUUUGUAUGGAUUUCUGUUCCCAAUCUUGAAAUUGGUCAUUGGCGUUCUCCUACUAACACUACUAGAGGUCCCGGAACCAAGCAGGAGACUGAUCGUUUCAUGAUUGUUUGAGUCUCGUGAUAUGUCAAAUAUAGGGAAAUUCUCGCUGUCUUGCGAUAAACAUUGUGAUGAAGAUAGGGUUCAUUCAUGGCUAAGUGCUGUCGCAAGGCGUAAUGUUGAAGAGUUCAGUUUAUUAUCUGAAGAUGAAAGAGAUUCCGGUAUGAUUCCUUCACUUCUUUUUACUUGUGAAACAUUGACUUUGUUGAAGAUACAAAUGCCAAUUUCUCUCAAUAUUCCUACCAAUGUGCACCUUCCAAAACUCAAGGUCCUUCGACUUAUAAAUAUCAGAUUUAUGGGUGGUUCUUUGAUUGAGAAACUAUGUUCUAACUGCCUAACUCUGGAGGAACUAGAAAUAAACAACUGCAUUAUUGAAGAUAUUACAGAGAUAAGUAUCUCAUCUCAUACAUUGAAGCGUAUGUUCAUCGAUGCUCCUUCUUCUUAUCAUCAGAUUGAUAUUGAUGCACCAAGUUUAGAGGUCUUUCAGCACAAGGGUACCCUGGCAGAGGUUUAUGAUCUGCAUAGUUUUCCUUCGCUAAUUGAUGCAAAUAUUUCACUUUCUGAUAUUAAUGAUUGGAUUGACGAGGAUGAAAACAUUGCAACAAACCUUCUAGUACAUCUUUUCAAUGUGAAGCGUCUGGUAGCGGGCUCUUGCUUUCUUGGGGCUCUAUCUCAUGUGGAUGACGAUGUAUUCUAUGAGUUGCCUUCGUUUGACAAGUUAACAUGCUUGGAGGUGGUUUGGAAUUCUCCUGAUUUGGUUGGUAAUGCUUUAAUGAGAUUGCUUCAAAUCUCGCCUAAUUUAGAAACUCUCUGUCUUUUCUCAUGGCAUUGAUGCACGUUUAUGUGGCGAGGAUAACGGGUGGAAACUAACUAGAGUGCCUGAGUGUUUGUUGUCGCAUCUCAGGGUGCUUGAAUUCCGUCAAUUUUCUGGAGAUCAAAGAGAGCUUGGG